CGGCGGACUGUUAGUCUGCUGCCGUUGCUGGCUCUUGGCUCGAUCUCUGCGACAGUUUGCGUUUCAUUACCCCAGUGGACGGGCACGCGAAUAGUUCGGUACAGUUCUGCUACAGCUCCAGAGCAUCACAGAUCGCAGAUCAAUCAGUGUUUCGAGUGAAGUGUUUCCCGUGAGAGUGCCAUGUAGCUCCAUCUCCAGAGAUAGAGAGAACAACAAAACAUAAAAGAAGAGAGAUAAAAUCAAUAACUAACCAUCGAGAAUGACGCGCAGCGAGAACAAUGGCCACACCAAUGGCGCCUUCAGUGAGGACUCUGAGGUCUCCCUGGACAUCCCGACGAACACUCUGUAUCACACCUCUCGCGAUUGCAUUGUGCAGGAGGAGCAGUCCGGGGAGUCGGAGAGCUGCCUGGAGGCAUCGAGUGGCUGCUGCCGCAGCUUGUGGCGGAAUAUCUUCCGCAAGAAGACGCUGUACAAGCGCUUCCCCAUCCUCACGUGGCUGCCGCAGUACAAAAAGGACUACAUCUUCGGGGACAUUGUCGCUGGCAUCUCCGUGGCGCUGACGGUGAUUCCCCAGGCUCUGGCCUACGCUGGCAUUGCGGGUUUGGAUCUGCAGUACGGACUGUACGCCUGCUUUCUGGGCUGCUUCAUUUACAUCUUCAUUGGAUCGAGCAAGGAUGUGCCCAUUGGCCCGACGGCCAUCUCCGCGCUGUUGUCCUUCCAAAUUGCUGGGGGGAGCUGGCAGAUUGCCACGUUGCUCACAUUCCUCACGGGCAUCAUUGAGAUCCUGAUGGGCGCCUUCCGGCUGGGCUUCCUCAUUGACUUUGUGUCGGGACCCGUGGGCGCGGGCUUCACCAGCGCCGUCUCCCUGAUCAUCUUCAGCUCGCAGAUGAAGGACUUUCUCGGCAUUCAGACCAGUGGCAACACCUUCCUGCAGGUGUGGAUCAGCAUCGUGAACGACAUCCACAACAUCAGCUGGCCGGACUUUAUUCUCGGCCUCAUCUGCAUCACUUUGCUGCUCAGCCUGCGCGCCCUUGCCAGCUGCAGCGUUGGCCCCAAGGAGGGCAAAUCCUCCACCCAAUCGCUGCUCACGGGCAUCUUCUGGACGGUGGGCACGGCCCGGAAUGCGCUCCUCGUCUGCGGCACUGCAGGACUCGGCUACUGGCUGUCGGUGAGCGGUAACGAGGAUCUCGUCCGCACCGUGGGAUUCGUGCCCAAGGGCAUGCCCUCCUUCCAGCCACCGCCGUUCCACAUCGAUCCCGUGCUGAACGAGACCACUGGCGAGGUGCUGGUGGAUGGCCAGAGCUUCUGGGAGAUGGUCAGCACUCUGGGCUCGGGUCUCAUUGUCGUACCGCUGAUUGCGCUGCUCGAAACGAUGGCAGUGGUUCAGGCUUUUGCUGAUGGCAAACCCACGGAUGCCACGCAGGAGCUGAUUGCCUCGGGCAUCUGCAACGUGGCCAACUCCUUUGUCCAGGGUCUGCGCAGCAACGGAGGCAUUGCCCGGGGCGCCAUUCUCAAUGCAAGCGGAGUGCGCACUCAGCUCUCGAACCUGUACACCAGUGUGAUUGUGAUCAUUGCCCUGCUCUACCUCACGCCCUGCUUCUACUACAUACCCAAGGCAGCGCUGGCCUCCAUCAUCAUAGCAGCAGUGGUCUUUAUGGUGCAAUAUCGUGUGAUCAAGCCCAUGUGGCAUAGCAAAAAAACCGAUCUCAUUCCUGGCCUGGGUGCCUUUUUUGCCUGUUUGGUGCUGCCCCUGCAGCUGGGCAUUCUCGUGGGCAUUGGCAUCAAUGUGGUGUUCAUUCUCUACCAAGCAGCACGCCCCAAGCUGCGCAUUGAAACACUGGCGACAUCGAAUGGCCUGAAGUAUCUGAUGCUCACCCCCGAUCGCUGCCUGAUCUUCCCCUCAAUGGAGUUCGUUCGGAAGGUGAUCAACAAGCAGGGUGUCAAGUCCACGCUGCCCGUGGUCAUCGACUGCACACACAUUUACGGAGCGGACUUCACCGCCGCCAAGGUCAUCUCCACGAUGGUCAUGGACUUUGCCCAGCGCCAGCAGCCGCUCUUCUUCUACAAUCUGCAGCCACGCGUGGCGCAGGUCUUUGAGGGCCUCAACAAGGAUCUGGUCGUGAUCUACGAUCUGACCACGCUGCACUCCAAGCUGGCGGAGAAGGGCUCGGCCUGAGAGCUGCCAGAGAUGUGAUCGCUGCUGACCGCUGCAACCUCGUCACACUUAGUCGCUGUCUUAGUCGCUGGCCUAGUCUUAGUCCCCGGCGAGGUCAUCGACUGGUCUCCCACGCAAAAUGGCCAAAGUCGCGUUUUCACAUGGCUAGCACCUUGAUUAGCAUUUAAGUUGGGGCAAUCCCCCUCCAUUGUCGCCUAGUUUAGGUAUCUAACUCUACGCAUAUUUAUUUCACGAUUUGUUCGUUUCGCACCUUUGGCCUUUGCUUUUGCCGAAUGUUUUUUUGUGGAAUUUUGUUGAGCGAAAUCCAAAUCCGAGUCCCACCUCCACGAUAUUACUGCUGUGCAUAGUAUUAUAUUGUAAAUCAAUAGCCAACGAUGAGUAUUAUGAUAAGUAGUACUUAAAUAAACACAGAAAAAUGAAA